AUGGUCAUCUGUGCGUUACCGCCGUUCUGUGGCAUAAGUCCAUUUUUCAGAAAACUUGGUUGCAUCAAAACAACACCAAUGUUAGGUGCAUGCUAUAUGGCCUUCUUGGGGUCAAUUUCAGUUAUAUGUAUCCUGAUUUUCCUGUGUUAUGCGGUUUUCAUUAUCGUUCUAAGAAAGACCUCCAUAGGCACUGGAAAUAUAAAAACCAUCUACAGAUCGUUGAUUGUUAUAAGCCUUGCCGUGGUGUUUGGAUAUUUUAGUACAACUAUUAUUGGCUAUACAAGCAAUAUUUUGAGUAUAAACAUCGAAAGCUUAUACUUGAAUAUGACCGCGGGAAUCUUCAACGAUCUUGGAACUGCUGUUACCUUCUUCGUGUACUAUGCAGUCAGCACGGAAUAUCGUGGAAUAUUCGAUAGACUGCUCGGAAUCGGCCGUCUCAAAGAAGCUCUAUGCGGUGUCACUUCCACUACUGUGCAGCAUAUGUCAUCGUUGCCAUCGUACACCAAUUUUUUUAAAAGGACCGGAAGUAAUCUGCACUAG